AUGAGCUGUGCGUCGGCGAGCGCGCAGCGUGAAUACCGAAUUCUCGUCCAUCGCCCCGGGUCCGCAGUCGCCGACACGGGUCGCGCGCCUCGCGGCGAUUAUUCUCCGGACUCCGAGCCGAGCGCCUUACCAAGGACGGCACGGAUAUCCGACGUUCGGCCCUCCUCGAUUCGUAUUGUUAUUGAUGUUACAAUAACACGUUGUCGUGUCGCGCGUCAAGUCGUUUUCCGUUAUCGAGUUGUUGCGAUCGUGACAGUCGGGCGCGUUCCGUACAUAAAUAAAAUAUUACGCGCGUUAUCCCUGACGGACACUGAAAGUUUUAUCUCGAAUGAGUGCUUAGAUAACUUGGUUUUUUAUUUGUCCAGAUACAACAAGAGAUAACCAAACGACCGUCGAGGUAAGUCCCGACACCGGGGAUUUACGUUUCGAGCGACCCCCGGUGUCGAAUACGGCUCGUUUUGCACGAGUCCGGAGGAAUGGAAAAACGUUCUUAAUGUUUCCUCCUGUGAAUUAUGGAAAUUAUCAGGGAAUCGGUGCGUGUUAUAAAACAUGAUUCGACCGCUUUGUACCCCCGCGAGUUAAACCAAAACAAUUGUGAAUAUUGUACGCGUCGCGUGAAAAAAAAAAAUAAUAAUAAUAAUAAUAAAAUAUUUUAUUCUGUAAUAAGAUACGGAAUACGGAAUAUACGAUAUCAGUGCGGGGUCGAUCCCCGAUAAGACACUAAAUUGUAUCGGAAAUUAUUGACUUUUUUCUCUAAAAACGUGUGAAACUGUCGGCUCUGAAAAAUGUUCAAUUGCCGUUAUGUUUUGUCACCUUUAUUGUCGCUGUAUUGUAACCGCUAUGUAUCCACUUUUCGCGUUCAAACAGACGAUCAGCUGUUUGAAUAUAAAAAUGCUCAAAAUUUCGUAAAAAUAUAGACGCGAGUUGUGUGUAGUUACAUUUCGAUGUUGAAAUUUCGGAAUUCCGUCGACCCGCUGACGAGAUAUUCCGUUUACGAGUUUUUGGUAGGAGGAGAGUAGCGGAGCAUCACUCGUCGAGAAAUUUUAUAAACAAACAAAUGCUUGCCAAAUAACGAAAUGACGUUGUAUACUUAAUAGGUACUUUUAAAAAUGCGUGCGAUACGAUUUUCGACUGAUUAGAAUGAAUAUUUCAAACCAUUAACGUCAUAAAAACGGUUUAUUAUUUUUUUUUUUAUUUAAAAAUAUACUUAUUUCACUUAUUUCACACGAUAUUUUAACGAAUUUUUUCGCAUACUGAAUAACAACAAUAAUACAUAUUGUUCUGAACGCCAUUAUGUUAUCGUAUAGCCGGCGUUGUACGCGAAGGUGCAAAGUUUUAAGCAGUCUAAUUAAAACCGUCGACGAUACACGUACACGGUGCCGGUAUAUAAGGACGGGCGUGUUCAGGAAAUAAACAUUAUACGUCUUAGGCAUAACGAUUGUUCUUAACGGACUCCUAAAUCCCCCAGUAGACGAGCGUUUUUAGAGCGUUUCGUUUCCAAGCUUUUACGCUACAAAAAUAUAUCAAUUAUUUUAUCGUAUUUCGGGUCCUAUAUGGUUGAAAAUUGCUCCGGAAAAAAAAAAAAAAAAAUGUAUAGCGCGACCGUCGGCCAACGGAAAGAAACCGAACGCGCGGGCAAUAAUUAUUUCUCCGUCUACAAACAGUUGUGGACGUUAAGAUUCCACGAAACAAAAAGCGCUUCCAUAUUAUCGUCCCGAAUAAAAAAAUUUCGCGGGAAAUUAAAAAUGCGGUUUUAAAUACUUUAUCUCAUUGCAGCAAGCACUUUCUCUUUAUUACCGUGUGUACAUAUUAUUCGUACGCAGGUGUCUACGUACGUAUGGGUACGUAAUCCCGCGUGUAUAAAAAUGCACAAGUGUAACGUUACCAUCGCCAGCACAAUGCAAAUAACAGUCGUAAUUUAUCGCCGCCGUAAUAAACAUAAUAUUGUAAUAACGAACCGCGCUGCUGCGCGAGUGCCAAAGACGGAUUGCCGACGUCCGAAGAAAACAUUCGGGAAAAUAACACACACGAAACACCUGUAUACGCAUAAUAGACAUCGCGUUAGUUUUACGGUUCAAAAAACUCCCUAAAAUACAUAGAGAAUGCGUGAAACCAUAUCUAGGACCUGCCGUGGAACAACAACAACCGUCUCUUUGAAAACUGCAGCCUGACCAUGGUACGGUUUAAUGAACUUUUAACACGGGCGCACGGUAUCCAGGCAUACACUCGCAGAGAAAACAAUUCAAAAGUCUUGAAUUAACGUUAACAAUAGACGCCCGACCUUGGACUAUUUAAUUGUUUGAAAAUGAAAAUAUUACAUAUUAUAACGCGGGUAUAUGCACCGGAUGAAUGAUUUACACCACGUGAAACGUGUGAAAUCGUACCUAUGUAUAUUUCUUUGAUGCGUAUAUGGUAUUAUGUACAGCGUAACAAUGAGAUAAUCGAAAAUCUUACUUGGGGUCAGAACGGACUUAACCCUUGAGUGUAUUAACAUUACGCGCGGUCGACGUUACCCGCUACACAUUCAAUAUUUUUAGGUUUUUCAUUUAUUUUCACACGUCAUUUACGAUGCUGUUCAAUAAACAUCGGCACCGUCAUUCGAAAACUCGCGGGUCGGACGAUCGAUUACAGUUUACUCGGCGAAUUUCGCGUUGCAUACCUUGCCCUGAACAAAAAAACUCCACGAACGCAUUGAUCACACGUCCCCUUUUGAUGCUUACGGAUGCUUUCCAACGUAACAUAUAGACAUAACGUAUUUCGUUACAAAAUCGACUGAUUCUGCCGAGCACCGUUCUAUUAGUGAAAAAACGCCCUGUAAAUAAUAUAUGAUUUUUUUUAGAAAAAAAUGGGGAAAAAAACAAAACGAAUGUAUUUGUAUUGUUUCACCAGCACUCGUUUUAUAGCGUACGAGUACUACACGUCAUGUUAGUACAUAGUCGUUUUAUUUUCAAAUGCUUUGCUUAGAGUAAUAAUGAAUGUUCUCUGGUAAUUAGAAGUUCGACCCGACAAUGCGUAUAGAGUGUGGACACAGAAAAAAAAUUCAGGACAAAUAAAAACGUAAUAAUUGCUAAAAAUGUCGUUGACUUGGACAAAACGAUAGAAUCAGCUUGCAUGGAUUUUUUGAUAAAUCCGUAGGAGAAAACCAAAGGUUGGGAUACCAAAAUAGAUUCAUAGAAACAAAAUACAUCGAACUUCAAGCGAAAUUGGACGUAAUGAAAACGAAAAUAUGUUUAGCGUUAAAUUAUAAAGCCGACGAUUAUCGCGAUGCGAUGCAUUUGAUGGACGUCUGUGUCGCGUUGUACGCCCGUGACAGCGAUAAUCGGUACAUUCUGGAGGAAACGGAAAAGCUAAAGCAAUCGUCGAACAAACAAUUAUUGAAGAUACGCUUGGUGACCUCCAACUGCUGUAAUGAACUUACAAACAGAUACCAUCGAAAAACUGUGUCUAUGGGGAUUUUUAAAUUUUCAGACAAAACAACUCUUUUUGGACAAUCGCCUUUAACAUUUCUCCAACGGUCUCUAAGUCGCCCUCUGGAAACUUAAAAGAGAAGUGCUCUCGAAUGAGUACGGCCGAACGAAUCACCAACGCACAACGGGCAGAAUCUAUUGGUAUCAUAGAAAACUUGUCACAGAAAUGCAAAGUACGUAAUUGAUCGACUUAACGUUUAUAGUUUUAGUUUCGCUCAAAUAAUUAUACAUGCAACAUAAUAAAUCCGUAUUUCUGAGUCAUGGCACCGACAAUAUUAUUAUGUUGUAUUUUAUAACAAUAUAAAGGAAUACACGUCAUCACGCACCAGUGGGCUGUAUUGGAUUUUUGAUUAUUUACAAUUAUCGUGCAAAGACGGUCGUCUUGUAUAGACGACCGUGAGUUUCACGAACAAAUUAAUUCCCGUUUGUAAAUAGCUUGUGUUAUUUUACGAUUUACAGGAACUCGAAUUCAAAAACGCCGAGUAUGACGGAAUAUUACGUCCGUCGGACACGAUUGACAAAACGUUAAGGUAA